CAUAUAUAAUUAAAUAAGUGAAUUUAAAUUAAUAAUUUUCCCAACCUUACUUAAUACAAAUGUAAGGAACGCAGCCGAUUCUAGAAAGGCCAAUCCACUGAAGAAACCAUGGAGAAAUUAUCACUGAAGGAGUUUUUCGCGGCAUAUAAGAGGUGGGUGAUAAGUAAUCCUAAUUUGGUUACCGAUGUCGAGACAGUGGCUACAUGGUCCUCAUACUUCGUCGCCGGGAAGAUAAAUAAGUCACCUAUAGUCUCCGAACUCGUGUAUUCUAUGUCUAAGCUGCUUUCUUUGUUCAACGACAAAUUAAUACGAGAGGCGUACGGCUCGGAAGUGCAGUUCUACAGUCUUAGGGAGCAGAUUAAGCUAUGGCUGACCGUUAUACAUUAUUCCGAGGUUUUUGUGGAGCUUGUGGUUAAGAACAGAUGGGGGAAUAAGGGGAAAUGGACGAUCGCAACGCUACUUCAGCUGUUCAAGUGUUCUUCCGCUCUUAUACUACUCUUGAGGUUUAAGGAGCUUCCCAUUCAGCACCCGCCGGUGGCUGCGCUUCAAAGGAAGAAGUUUACAGAAGAAAAAACAAGUGAAGAAGGUGAGGGCUCAUUUUUCACUUUAAAACGUUCGGGAAGGGUGAUAAGACGCGUCGACGGCGCUCCGCCGGUCGCCUUCAGAGAUUGGCAGCCAGUGAAACUAAAAGAUGAUAACAGCCUUCCAGUUAACGUUAAGGACUUGGUGUACGCUGAAUCUCUGCAUAUACUAAAGCCGCUGAUUCAUUUAGCGGCUAUGAGAGUGUUUGGAACUAAAGCGUGGCGGCAGUGGCUCGUAUCGCUAGGCAUCGACUUAGCUAGCCUGAAGCUGUAUAACCGUCACAUGAAGGACUUAACCGCUGAGCAGAGGCUGGAGAUCAGCCGCAGGAAACUUGGACUUGUACUGUAUUUAUUACGUAGCCCGAUGUACAAUGGGUAUUCAAAGAAUGUAAUAGAAAGUGUUCUGACAUCGGCGUCGAACAGGGUUCCCUUGAUGGCCUUUGUCUGUGGUCCGGUCAUACAGUAUCUUAGUCACUGGCAAGACAUAUAUUUCUACAUGUGGGCUUCGUAA